AUGUUUGUCCAAACCCCUUCGGUAGUCUUUCUAGCUAUCGGCAUCGCCACCUUAAGCCUCUUCGCGAUUGAAACCAUGUCGGAAUCUGUUUGUGCCAAUUAUUGGAAAAGCUUACCUGCUGGUCAAAAACCAACGAUCUCAGUUGAAUUGAGUAAACAACCUGCUGGUGGCCGUGGUCGAAUUGAUGGACACCUUGCCGGACGUAAUACUACUAUCCUAACGCCAGGCAGCGGAGCAUGCGGGAUCACUUACACUGAUGAUGAUAAGGGAGCCUGCUUGUGGGGUGGCUUGAACUCAGUUGAGCCAAUUCCCCAAGGUCAAGAGUCAGGCUGGCUCACAGGAUCCAAUACCAAGAACUGUGGAAAAUCAUUUUUCAUCAACAGAGGAAACAAGCGUGCCACUGGCAAAUUUGUUGAUUCAUGUUCAUUUGCUGAUGGCCCAAAGCUUACUGUUAAACAAGGUUGCUCAACAAUUUAUGUCACUCUUGCUACAUAUAUUGAUCUUGGGGGAAAUCCCUCUGGUUUAGGAAGGAUUCAAAUUGAUAACUGGGAUUUUGAUGCAAGCACUCCCCCUCUAUGA